GCGUUCCCGCCCUGCUCUGCGAGUGCCCUCAGUUGUCCUCAGUUCGGCCGCCAGAAAUGUCUUUGUAGGACUCUACUCCUCAAGAGGGAAACAAGGAAGAGAAUAAUGGCUGCUGUGGUUUCUUCAGUUGGAACUCUAAAGUGAUCAAGCUUAAUAGAUGACAUGGAGAGAAGAUAUUUAAGACACAGUGCUUGGCUGUAGGGAGCUUACAUUCUCAUUGAGAGUCCUGAAGUUUCCCACCCUAAUGAAGAUCUUCAUCUUCAAGCAGAAGAACCAGAAUUGGUAAAGGAAUCAGUGACAUUUAAAGAUGUGGCUAUUGACUUCACAUUGGAAGAGUGGAGGUUGAUGGACCCUACACAGAGAGACCUACACAAGGAUGUAAUGCUAGAGAAUUACAGGAAUCUUGUCUCCCUGGGGCUUGCAGUUUCCAAACCAGACAUGAUAGCUCAUUUGGAGGAUGGACAAGGACCAUGGGUGGUAGUAAGAGAAAUUUCAAGAACCUCCAAUCCAGAGUUGGAGACCAAACUUGCAAUCAAGAAUGCCAUAACAACAGAAGAUAUCACUGAAGACUUAUCACAGGACACCAUAGUAGAGAAACUCACAGAGAAUGGUCCACGGGACUCCAGAAUUGGAGAAUUAUGGAAAUGGAAUGACAGGAUAUUGAGACUGCAAAAUAGUCAGGAGAGUCAGAGCCAAAGAAUAGUUACACACAGGAAAAUUCCCACUGGUCAAAGAGGCUUUAGAUUUGGGUCUGUUCUUUUUCCAGAACCAGUAGUUAUUACAGAAGAGCCCCACAGCAAAUGUCAAACACAUCAGAAAAAUUUCCCAGAGAAUUUAGAUUUGAAUACAAAUACCCAUUUGGGGAAGAAGAAUUGCAAGGAUACAGAAAGCAGCAAAGCCAUAAUGCCUACUUUAGAACUUACUUUAGGAAAAAAAUUCAGUAAUAAAGAAAAACCCUAUAAGUGUACUGCAUGUGAAAAGGCUUUUCGUUAUAGAUCAUUACUCAUUCAACAUCAGAGAACUCACACUAAAGAAAAACCUUAUAAAUGUACCGAAUGUGGGAAAAUGUUCAGCCAGCCUUCAUAUCUUAGUCAACAUAAAAAAAUUCACACUGGAGAAAAACCCUAUAAAUGUAACGAAUGUGGAAAGACCUUUAUUGCUUCUUCAUCACUUAUAGUACAUCAGAGAAUUCAUACUAAGGAGAAACCUUAUCAAUGUAAUGUCUGUGGAAAAUCUUUUAGCCAGUGUGCCCGCCUUAAUCAGCACCAGAGAAUUCAGACUGGAGAGAAGCCCUAUAAAUGUAGUGAAUGUGGGAAAGCUUUUAGUGAUAAAUCAAAACUUGCACGACAUCAAGAAACUCACAAUGGAGAGAAACCCUACAAAUGUAAUGAUUGUGGGAAAGCCUUUAGGAAUAAGUCCUAUCUUAGUGUACAUCAGAAGACUCAUACUGAAGAGAAGCCAUAUAAAUGCAAUGAGUGUGGGAAGUCCUUCAAGAAUACCACAAUUUUUAAUGUUCAUCAGAGAAUUCAUACUGGAGAAAAACCCUUUAGGUGCAAUGAAUGUGGAAAAGCCUAUAGAAGUAAUUCAAGCCUGAUUGUACAUAUAAGAACUCAUACUGGGGAAAAACCCUAUGAAUGUAAUGAAUGUGGGAAAGCAUUCAAUCGUAUAGCAAAUUUCACAGAACAUCAGAGAAUUCAUACAGGAGAAAAACCCUAUAAAUGUAAUGACUGUGGGAAAGCAUUCAUUAAUUAUUCAUGCCUUACCGUACACCACAGAAUGCAUACAGGAGAGAAACCUUAUAAAUGUAAUGAAUGUGGAAAGGCCUUCAUGCGUUCUUCAUCUCUAAUUAUACAUCAGCGAAUUCAUACUGAAGAGAAACCUUACCUAUGUAAUGAAUGUGGAGAAUCUUUUAGAAUAAAAUCACACUUAACUGUACAUCAGAGGAUUCAUACCGGAGAGAAACCAUAUAAAUGUACUGACUGUGAGAGAGCAUUUACCAAAAUGGUAAAUCUCAAAGAGCAUCAGAAAAUUCAUACUGGAGUGAAACCUUAUAAAUGCUGUGAUUGUGGAAAGUCGUUCAGAACUAAGUCAUACCUUAUUGUACAUCAAAGGACCCAUACUGGAGAGAAACCAUAUAAAUGCAAUGAAUGUGAGAAAGCUUUCACUAAUACAUCACAGCUUACCGUGCAUCAAAGAAGACAUACUGGAGAAAAACCCUAUAAAUGUAAUGAAUGUGGGAAGGUUUUCACAAGUAACUCAGGAUUUAAUACCCAUCAGAGAACACAUACUGGAGAGAAACCAUUUAAAUGUAAUGACUGUGGGAAAGCAUUUAGCCAAAUGGUACAUGUCACAGAACAUCAGAAAAUUCAUAGUGGAGAGAAACCCUAUAAAUGUGAUGUCUGUGGAAAAGCCUUCAGGAGGGGUUCAUACCUUACAGUGCAUUGGAGAACACAUACUGGAGAAAAACCCUAUACAUGUAAGGAAUGUGGAAAAGGUUGUAUUACUCUAUCACAGCUAACUCUACAUCAGAGAAUUCAUACUGGAGAGAGGCCCUAUAAAUGUGAAGAAUGUGGAAAAGCCUUCAGAACUAACUCAGAUUUUACUGUACAUCUGAGGAUGCACACUGGAGAAAAACCCUAUAAAUGUAAUGAAUGUGGAAAAGCCUUUAGGAGUAGCUCAAGCCUUACUGUACAUCAAAGAAUACAUCAGAGAGAAACUCAGUUAAUAUAGAGAAUAAAUCAUCCAGGUGUCUAUGAGAAGAAUCAUAAACUGUAUAUUUAAUGAAUGUAGGAAGACUUUCAGAAGCAAUUUGCCAGAAAAUAGGCACAGAAAAGACUCUGUAAACAUAUGGAUGUGGAAAAAGCUUUUAGUCAUAUUAAAUCUUAGAAGUUCUAAGAAAAUUCAUAAUAGAGUAAGAUAAUGGACAAAUGAAAACCUUCAUCCAGAUUUCAUACUUUUUCAUUUAACAGAUUGUUUUCAAUGAAUUGCCAAUAUAUUUUUUGCCUAUUUUUCUAUUGAUUUGUCAGUCUUAUAAAUCUGGAAGUACUUUUUAUAUUUUUUAGAUACUAAUUUUUUGUCGUAUGUGUUGCAAAUGGUUUUCUUAAUCUAGUAUUUGUCUUUAUACUCUUUAUAUAGUAAAAGGAAUCACCAAAUAUUUUUUUAAUUUUUAUUUUUAUAGUAACAUCUUUUCCUUUUUAAAGUCUUGAUUUACUCUUUUAGUUAAAAAGGUUUCCUUAAUCUUGAGAUUACACAUAUUCUCCUAAAUGUGUUUCUACGAUUUUGAUAAUUUUGUUUUUUAUAUUGAAGCCCUUAACCCAUUUGGACUGGAGGGCUAUUGAUAGAAAAGCAACUUCAAAUAAUCAUUAACCUAUGAAAAUAUGAUAAACAUAAAUAGUACUCAGGGAAAUGCAAAUUAAAUCAUCCAGUAAGACAUCACUUCCUCUUCAUGGAGUUGGCAAAAUUAAUAGAUCUUUUGCUAGUGGAGUUUGGGAAACUACGCUUUCCAAAAGGUUAUGUCAACUUAUAUUUUCACCAGCCGUGCAGAAAUAUGUAUUUAUUUUUAAAAUUUCAAAAGGCUUUGACCAAGAAGUCUCACUUUUGAGAAUCUGUCCCACAUAAAUAACAACAUCAGUGCAUAACAAUACACAUAAAUAAGGAUGUUUGUUUAAGUAUUGUUUGUAGCAGCAAAGAAAUUCAACUGGAGACAAAAUGGCCAUUAAUAGGGAAAUGGUUGGAUGAAUUGUGAUAUAUCCUGAUACAUGGGAUAGCAUUAAUUUUUUAAAUGAGUUAUAUCUAUACUAGUUAUUUCAAGAUAUUUUCACAAGUUUUGAUAAGUAAUUGCUUUGUUACAGAUAUGUAUAUGUAAAGAUUCCAUUUUUGUUAAAUGAUUACACCCAUUUAUGUAUUUAUGUCUAUAUGUGAUUUAGAUGAGCAUGGAAACAAGUAUGGAAGAAUAUACAACAUACUGUUAAUGUUGGUUAACUUGAAUGGAGAAGAAAAGGAAAAAUAGAUAAGUAAAGUAGGAGGAAAGACUAGGGGGGAAAAAUGCAGCAUGUGUGGUGUAAAACUAAGUAUUUGAACUUUUGAGAGCCAUGGUUUCUUUCCAGUGAACAUAUAAUAUUUUCAUGAACAGGAAAAACCUACUUUUCUUGUAAGUUAUUGGACACUUGUUAUAUGCCAGGAAUCACCCUAGGUACCAGAUAUACAUUGGUAGAGGAGGGAUGGUCAUGGAUCUAAGAACAUGAGAAUUAGUUUUUAUGCUGCCUAGAUUUUAAAGAAGUUACCCAGCACCUCACUGCCUUCACCCUCUGUUUCAUUUAAAUGAGGUAAUAGAAUUUUCAUAUAAGUGGAAAACAUAUUCAGGAAUAUCUAGACUUGUGUCCAAGUCAUAGAGGAGAAGAACACAAGCCUCAGAGAGAAGUUCCAUUUUCACCGUGGCACCAAAGUAAAGGUCAUAAUGGUAAAAAGUUCUGUGUAUAUAGCCUCAUGGAACAUUGGAGUAAAGAGAGAGGAAAUAGCUAAGGACUCUCAAGUCCUCAAAGGAAGGCUUGGAAGUUCUGGGAAUAAAAGAGAAUACUGGAAUCAAAGUGGGAAUUCAGAGGCUGUGGACCUGAAAACGAGAAAGCUCUAACAGACCAUGGACCUGAUAUCCAAAAUGGACAAGACAUGAUGAGCUAUGCUUCAAUGAAGACUGAAGGAAAGAAAAUCAAAUACCCCUCUUACAACGUAUACAAUAAAGUAUCUUUAAUAUUGGGAAGGGGA